CUCGCGGCAGCUCGGCAUGCGGACUGUCCAAUAGGUAGCACUGGAGGACCGGAAGCACACUGGUCCUCCAGCCAAUCAGAGCACUCCUAUUGUCUGAAUGCGGAAGUUAUUGCUGCUGCUGCUGUAACAUUCCUCCAGGAGACACCAUCAGGGGGUUCUGUGUGUGUGGGCACUUCAGGCUUCAGUUCAUCAUCCAACCUGGAGGGACACAAGGACAACAGCACCGUGGAGAAGCCAUGGCAGUGUGGGGACUGCGGGAAACGGUACAGGUAUCCAUCCGGGCUGGAGCGUCAUCGACGUGUUCACACCGGGGAGAGGCCGUUCACCUGCUCUGACUGUGGGGAGGGUUUUGCUCACCUUUCUUCGCUAGUGGUGCACAAUCGGGUUCACACCGGGGAGAAGCCGUUCACCUGCCUGCGGUGUGGGAAGGGCUUCACUCGGUCAUCCAGCCUUCGAAGACACGAGCGAAUUCACACCGGGGAGAGGCCGUUCACUUGCCCCGAGUGCGGGAAGCGAUUCAGUCUGUCAUCCAGGCUUCAAGAACACAAGCGGAUUCACACCGGGGAGUGGCCCUUCACCUGCUCAGAGUGCGGGAAGGGAUUGAGUUCCAUAUCCAAACUGCAGGCACACCAGCGUGUUCACAGCGGGGAGAGGCCAUUCACCUGCUCAGACUGUGGGAAGGAAUUCGCUCUCGCCUCUUCCCUACUGGCACACAAGCGGGUUCACACCGGGGAAAAGCCAUUCACCUGCGCCAAGUGUGAGAAGCGAUUCAGUCAGUUAUCUGGUCUUCAGAAACACAAGCGGAUUCACACCGGGGAAUGGCCGUUCACCUGCUCGGAUUGCGGGAAGGGAUUUAGUACAUUAUCGAGUCUGCUGAUCCACCAGCGGGCUCAUACCGGGGAGAGGCCAUUCUCCUGCGCCGAGUGUGGAGAAACCUUCAGAGAUCCGUUUGUGCUGCGGAGACACCGGCGGGUGCAUACCCGGGAGAAGCCGUUCACCUGCUCUGUGUGCGGGAAGGGAUUCACUCAGUCCGGCAGCCUCCGCGUACACCAGCAACAUCACACCGGGGAGAGACCGUUCACCUGCUCGGAGUGUGGGAAGGAAUUCGCUCAGUCGUCCCAGCUGUUGAUCCACCAGCGCAUCCACACCGGGGAGAGACCAUUCCUCUGCACUGUGUGUGGGAAAGGAUUCAGGGAUUCAUCGGCUGCUCUGAAACACCAGCGAAUUCACACCGGGGAGAAGCCUUUCACCUGCUCUGUGUGUGGGAGGGGAUUUAUCCAGUCAUAUAAGCUGCGGAGUCACCAGAGACCAAUCAGAGCUCCUCAUUAUCUGAACGCGGAAGUUGCUGCAAUAACAUUCCUCCAGGAGACACCAUCAGGGGGUUCUGUGUGUGUGGGCACUUCAGGCUUCAGUUCAUCAUCCAACCUGGAGGGACACAAGGACAACAGCACCGUGGAGAAGCCAUGGCAGUGUGGGGACUGUGGGAAACGGUACAGGUAUCCAUCGAGGCUGGAGAUCCAUCGUCGUGUUCACACCGGGGAGAGGCCGUUCACCUGCUCUGACUGUGGGAAGGGAUUCACUGUCUCCUUGAGCCUCCACAAACACCAGCGGGUUCACACCGGGGAGAGGCCGUUCACCUGCACAGAGUGUGGGAAGGGAUUCACUGAGUCCGUGAGCCUCCAGAGACACCAGCGGGUUCACACCGGGGAGAAGCCGUUCACCUGCUCCGAGUGUGACAGGCAAUUCAGUCAGUUAUCUGGUCUUCAAAAACACAAGCGGAUUCACACCGGGGAGAGGCCGUUCAGCUGCACCGGGUGUGGGAAGCGAUUCAGUCAGUUAUACAACCUUCAAGUACACGAGCGGAUUCACACCGGGGAGAGGCCGUUCACCUGCUCAGAGUGCGGGAAGGGAUUGACUUCCAUAUCCAAACUGCAGGCACACCAGCGUGUUCACAGCGGGGAGAGGCCAUUCAGCUGCUCAGACUGUGGGAAGGAAUUUGCUCUCUCCUCUACCCUACUGAAACACAAGUGGGUUCACACCAGGGAGAAGCCAUUCACCUGCUCUGAGUGUGGGAAGGAAUUCGCUCAGUCGUCCCAGCUGUUGAUCCACCAGCGCAUCCACACCGGGGAGAGACCAUUCCUCUGCACUGUGUGUGGGAAAGGAUUCAGGGAUUCAUCGGCUGCUCUGAAACACCAGCGAAUUCACACCGGGGAGAAGCCUUUCACCUGCUCUGUGUGUGGGAGGGGAUUUAUCCAGUCAUAUAAGCUGCGGAGUCACCAGAGAGUUCAUCAGUGAAGACAGCAAUUGGAUUCUGUUAUUCAUUGCUGCUGGGAAUCACAUCCAGGACUGAACCGUGUUCAUUCGGACAGUGGGUGAAGUGGGAGGGUCAGUGGGGUUUUAUAUUCCAGAGGGGCUGAUGCUCUGUCAGCCUGGGAGUGCACGUUUCCUCUGAAAUCCUCCACAGAAGCACAACAUUUACUUUCUCCUGGUUAGGAAACAGUUUGCCUCCUGCUGCGAUAGGGAUCUAAAGUCAACCCAGUUAGACCAUGACAUUGGGGAGCAGGAGUACACCAUUCAGCCCAUCGAGCCUGCCCCACCAUUUAAUACCAUCGAGGCUGAUCACAUCUCGGCUUCAACUCCCCUUUCCUGCCUCCUCUCCAUAACCCUUCACCCUGUUACUGAUUAAACAUCUGUCUAUCUCCCCGCUAAGUUGACUCCAUGUCCUGCAAUCCACAGCAGCUUGCGGGAGUGAAGACAAGGCUUUGAGAUUCAUUUGUUGACUGCAUUGAACAUUGGUUAAGCUAAUUGAGUCACUCAUUAGUUUGCAUGUAUCUAAAGUAGAUGAAGGUAAUAAAUUUGGUUUGAACAUUG